UUUUCGUCGGGGUUUUUAGAACACUAUAUAUAGUGGAAAUCGAUUAGUUCACAUUGCGACCGAAAUUCCGCGAGUAUUAUGUCUAUCUUUCGAGGAUUAGGCGUACUUGGAUGUGGGGUUUUGAUAAUGGAAUUCCUCGGGGUGGAAACGCGAUUGCUCGUUUUCCUAGCACAACACCUGCGGAUUUGCGCGCGCGUGUUGCAGCUGUACGCGGUCGGACAGGUAACAAAAAACAAGUGGGAGCUAAAGCGUUUCAAGUCUCAAUGGGAAAGAGGUGCAUCGAGGAUACUAUCGGAUGCGUCGAGAGUGGGACUCCAGAAGGUCGAAGUGAGGGGGGUGGGAACACGGUGAACUGUUCUGGGCGUCGACGGACGAAGGACGCGCUUUGGUGCCUGGCGAUGACGGGCUCCGACAAGAGGGUUGAUGCCUCAGG